CAUUCAAAAAAUAAGGUUGCUAGCUACUUAUAACAUUAUGAGAAGCGUGAAAUUAGUAUCUGAGUUGCCCAAUUUAAAAGCAGUACCUUGUAAUUACUAUGUUGAUAAUCAUCAUAAAUAUUCAUCACCAGCCAUUAUUGACACUAAUCAUGAUGAUUCAUUAAUCCCCAUCAUUGAUUUUUCCCUCCUUUCCUCAAAAGACCCUCAUCAACACUCCAAAGUCAUUCAACAACUUGGAAGAGCUUGUCAACAAUGGGGAUUUUUCAUGGUUGUGAACCAUGGAAUAGAAGAAAGUUUGAUGAAGGAGUUGAUUGGGGUGAUAAAAGAAUUCUUCUUAAUGGGAGAGGAGGACAAAUGGAGGUACAAAGGGGAAAAAAUGUUUGAUCCAAUAAAGUAUGGAACUAGCUUUAAUUAUACUUCUAAGGACAUCACUACUUAUUGGAGAGAUUACCUUAAACUCUCUCUUCAUCCUCAACUUCAUUGCCCCGACCAACCCAAUAAUUUUAGAGAAGUUUUAGGUGAGUAUGGUGAAAAAUCGAGAAAAGUGGCAAGAAAGUUACUAUCAGGAAUAUCAGAAAGCUUAGGAUUAGAAGAAGAGUUGAUGAACAAAUCCCUGAAUCUGGACUCGGGUUACGAGGUGUUUGUUGCAAAUUAUUAUCCAGCUUGUCCACAGCCCGAACUUGUAAUGGGCCUUCCACCCCAUUCCGAUUUUGGCCUUUUAACUUUUCUAAUACAAAAUGAUGUUGGAGGAUUACAAAUACAACACAACGGAAAAUGGAUCAAUAUCAAUCCCAUUCCCAACUCUAUUUUGGUUAACACUGGCGAUCACCUCGAGAUAUUUACGAAUGGGAAGUACAAGAGUGUUUUGCACAGAGCGGUAGUGAACAAAAUGGAAAGGAUAUCAAUAGGAAUUGCAAAUUGCCCAGCUAUGAAUGCCACAGUGAGUCCAGCUGCUUCGCCUCUAAUCCAAAAUGAAAGGUUUCCACCACUCUAUCUACCCAAGAAAUACAGUGAAUAUGUGGAGAUACAGCAGACAAAUCCACUUGAUGGAAAGUCAUGUUUGGACAGAAUCAAGAUUAAUUCACCACCAUUGAAGUAAAAA